GGUUGCCAUGGGGACCUGGAUGCUGACGAAGGCUCGCGAGGCUGUGAGCAGCCACAGUGCCCUGCUCAGAAGCCCCGGGCUCGUCAGUCAAGCCAGUUCUCUGUUUGCACUCGGCAGCACGGGCAGGCGAGUGGCCCCUAGAUCCAGGAGCAGAGCAGCAGUGCCUCCGUCCUGGUCUCCCAGCUCUGAGCCUCGCCUGCCCGCCCAGCACCAGGAUGGCCACCAUCACCUGCACCCGCUUCACAGAAGAGUACCAGCUCUUCGAGGAACUAGGAAAGGGCGCCUUCUCGGUGGUGCGCAGGUGUGUGAAGGUGCUGGCCGGCCAGGAGUACGCUGCCAAGAUCAUCAACACCAAGAAGCUCUCAGCCAGGGACCAUCAGAAGCUGGAGCGUGAAGCCCGCAUCUGCCGCCUGCUGAAGCACCCCAACAUCGUCCGACUCCAUGACAGCAUCUCGGAGGAGGGACACCACUACCUGAUCUUUGACCUGGUCACCGGCGGGGAGCUGUUUGAAGACAUCGUGGCCCGGGAGUAUUACAGCGAGGCAGAUGCCAGUCACUGUAUCCAGCAGAUCCUGGAGGCUGUGCUGCACUGCCACCAGAUGGGGGUGGUGCACCGGGACCUGAAGCCGGAGAAUCUGCUGCUGGCUUCCAAGCUCAAGGGUGCCGCGGUGAAGCUGGCGGACUUUGGCCUGGCCAUAGAGGUGGAAGGAGAGCAGCAGGCAUGGUUUGGGUUCGCAGGGACACCUGGAUACCUCUCCCCAGAAGUGCUGCGGAAGGACCCAUACGGGAAGCCUGUGGACCUGUGGGCCUGCGGGGUCAUCCUAUAUAUCCUGCUGGUUGGGUACCCCCCGUUCUGGGAUGAGGACCAGCACCGCCUGUACCAGCAGAUCAAAGCCGGUGCCUAUGAUUUCCCGUCGCCAGAAUGGGACACCGUCACCCCGGAAGCCAAGGAUCUGAUCAACAAGAUGCUGACCAUCAACCCAUCCAAACGCAUCACAGCCGCCGAGGCCCUUAAGCACCCGUGGAUCUCGCACCGCUCCACCGUGGCCUCCUGCAUGCACAGACAGGAGACCGUGGACUGCCUGAAGAAGUUCAAUGCCAGGAGAAAACUGAAGGGAGCCAUUCUCACCACUAUGCUGGCCACCAGGAACUUCUCUGGGGGGAAGAGUGGAGGAAACAAGAAGAACGAUGGUGUGAAGAAAAGAAAGUCCAGUUCCAGCGUUCAGUUAAUGGAAUCUUCUGAGAGCACCAACACCACCAUUGAGGACGAAGACACCAAAGUGCGGAAACAGGAAAUUAUAAAAGUGACAGAGCAGCUGAUCGAAGCCAUAAGCAAUGGAGACUUUGAGUCCUACACGAAGAUGUGCGACCCCGGCAUGACAGCCUUUGAACCCGAGGCCCUGGGGAACCUGGUUGAGGGUCUGGACUUCCAUCGAUUCUAUUUUGAAAACCUGUGGUCCCGGAACAGCAAGCCCGUGCACACCACCAUCCUGAAUCCCCACAUCCACCUGAUGGGUGACGAGUCGGCCUGCAUCGCCUACAUCCGCAUCACGCAGUACCUGGACGCCGGUGGCAUCCCCCGCACCGCCCAGUCCGAGGAGACCCGCGUGUGGCACCGCCGGGAUGGCAAAUGGCAGAUCGUCCACUUCCACAGAUCCGGGGCGCCCUCCGUCCUGCCCCACUGAGGCCCCAGGCCGGGCUCGCCGCGUCGCUGUGCCGCGGAGAUCCACUCUUUGUCCGUGGAAUGUGGCUGCUGGUUCUCCCACCUGCAUUUGGCUGGAAUUCCCCCCAUCAUGUCACCCCACACUGUCAGCUCCGUACCUGCAUCAACAAAACCUGCUUGUCCACAAAAGCCAUCACAACUUCAAAGCAAAUGGCCAAAUCUCCCACCCCCUACCUCUCACUCUCGCUUUCUCCCCCCUGCCGGGCCGGGGCUUCCUGGGGCCUGGGUGCCGGCCCCCUCCUCCCCCGCUGCCGGGGCCUGGCCCUGCCUGGGCUGCAGGCUAGAAUGCCCCGCUGUAU